GCCCGUCCAGGCCACGUGCUGUAUAAAACCAGCCCCGCCGUGCCCCCCGCCGCCGCCUUGCAGAAACCCUAGAGCAUAGACCGCUCCUCAGCCACCGCCACCGCCGCCGCUGCCGCUCGUCUCCUCCUCGGGCGCUCUCCCUCCCAGAUCCAGGAUGAAGUUUGUUGCUGCCUAUCUGCUUGCUGUCCUCGCUGGCAACCCCAGCCCCUCUGCCGAGGAUCUGUCGGCCAUUCUGGAAUCUGUUGGCUGUGAAAUCGACAAUGAAAAGAUGGAGCUCCUGCUGUCCCAACUGAGCGGCAAAGACAUUACUGAGCUCAUUGCUGCGGGCAGGGAGAAGUUUGCUUCCGUCCCAUGCGGUGGUGGCGGUGUGGCUGUUGCGGCAGCUGCCCCUGCUGCUGGUGGAGCUGCCCCUGCAGCUGAGGCGAAGAAAGAAGAGAAGGUGGAGGAGAAGGAAGAAAGUGAUGAUGACAUGGGCUUCAGCCUCUUCGACUAAGCUGUGCGGUCAUCAAAAUUGUGUCUUUGGGCAGGAAAAUCAGAGUUGCGAUGUUUGGAUUUUAACCUUGUUUUAUGUUGCAAAGCACCAGAAAAGACUGCUAUGUUCCUGAUAUGUAGUAAUUCAGCCGUAGGUUGCUAUGCUGGUUGGUGUUUACUGGUGAACCAGAGUUUUCCAUCAUAUAUUAAGAACUGGAUACCUCAAUGUUCAUAGAUGUUCUCUAUUGUGUUGCUCUA